CUCACCUGACGGGCUCGGAACUCAUUGCUCCUGACAUGGAUCCGGACCCGGUCGACAUGGACCCGGACCCGGUCCACCGGGACCCGGUCCACCGGGGCCUGGGCCGCUGCGCGUGCUGCUUCUGGCUGGCGGUGGCCUUUGAUGUGGUGGGGCUGCUCGUGCUGCUCACCGGCGUGUUCGCGCGCGUGUUCUUCUACGACCUGCUGAUCUACGCCGGCGCCAUCGUGGUCUUCCUCAGCCUCAUCUGGUGGGUCUUCUGGUACUCCGGGAACAUCGAGGUGCGCCCCGCGGACCUGGAGGACGACGUGGGGCUGCAGAAGAAGGGCCGCGGCGGCGGCGGGCUGGGGGCCGCGGUGCGCCGGCUCUCCAGCCGCGUGGCCGGCGGCCUCAGGACCUCGCUGAGGAGGACCGGGACCGGGACCGGAGGGGGGCCGCCGGGGGGCCCGCGGGCCGGGCAGGUGGCCGUUUCUAUGGCAACGAUGACCCCUCAGGGGGAUGACGUAGAGACGCCGCACACAACCACAGAGACCUCCCCGACGUAGUGCCCAGCUGCUCCCUGGAGGCUUCAGCUGCUCCUCAACAGGAGGAACAGGACGUGGUGACGAGUUCAGCCUGUUGAGAGGUCCUAUAGAUCCCUGACAUCAGAGAGAUGUCACACGCGUGACAUCAGAGACAUGUCACACACGUGACAUCAGAGACAUGAUGUCACACGCGUGACAUCAGAGACAUGUCACACACGUGACAUCAGAGACAUGAUGUCACACGCGUGACAUCAGAGACAUGUCACACACGUGACAUCAGAGACAUGUCACACGUGACAUCAGAGACAUGUCACACACGUGACAUCAGAGAGAUGAUGUCACACACGUGACAUCAGAGACAUGUCACACACGUGACAUCAGAGAGAUGAUGUCACACACGUGACAUCAGAGACAUGUCACACGUGACAUCAGAGACAUGUCACACGUGACAUCAGAGACAUGUCACACACGUGACAUCAGAGAGAUGAUGUCACACACGUGACAUCAGAGACAUGUCACACACGUGACAUCAGAGACAUGUCACACGUGACAUCAGAGACAUGUCACACGCGUGACAUCAGACAUGUCACACGUGACAUCAGAGACAUGUCACACACGUGACAUCAGAGACAUGUCACACGUGACAUCAGAGACAUGUCACACACGUGACAUCAGAGACAUGUCACACGCGUGACAUCAGAUGAUGUGUGUGUGAUAUGUGAUGUGUGUGAUGUGUGUGUGUGAUGUGUGUGUGUGAUGUGUGUGUGAUGUGUGUGUGUGUGAUGUGUGUGUGAUUCUGUAUUUAUCUAAUGUUCUUAUAAAGGUCUGAAACCUUCCUGUGAAUUAGACAAUAACAUCGUCAUCGUCCUGACCAAAUAAAGUUAUUCAACUAUCCAACAAAUAAAAUGUUAACAGAAGGCC